AUCCACCACGCGUACCCAUCAUUGGUCAUAGUCUGAUGACGUUCCAAAUAAAUUCCGAAGAUGCCCUAACCCUUUUUGUUAAACUCUGCGCUAAAUACGGUUCAGUGCUAUCUGUACUUUUCGGAACACUAGCUAAUAUAUUUUUGACAGAUCCGCAAGACCUAGAGGUUAUCUUAAGCAACCCUGAACACAGCGACAAACCCGCAGAAUACAGAUGCUUUAAACCAUGGCUCGGAGACAGCAUACUGUUCAAUAACGGUGCCAAGUGGCUAAAAGAAAGACAAACGAUUUUAGCCACAUUACGCAUGCAGAUCUUGAAGAAACGCGUGCCGUUAUUUUAUGAGAACAGCCAAGAUCUGGUGAGACGACUUGCGCAAAAUAUCAACAAGCGAUUUAAUUGCCAUGAACAUUUAUCGGUCGCAACUUUUAAUAUGUUAAUGGAAGCGGAAGUGGGGAUAAGUAGAAAAAAGGUUGAAGACAUCAGUUUUAAUUAUACAACGGCCGUGAUAAAAUCUGUUGUUCCGUUUUUCGAAAUUCGCCAAGCUGCAGCAAGAGCUGCUCCACACCGUCCACUCAGCGGCGAGGUUAGUGAUCAAAGAGAAAUGGAAGGACAUCGAAGAAAAGCAGUUCAAAAUAGACAUCAAAUCGAAGCUGAAAAUUUAACCGAGAACGCAGAAAACGGCAUCAACACGAUCAAUUACAUGAUGCAUUAUGCGAGAGAUGAUCUGGACGAUAUCGAGAAUGUUGAUGUGAGCGAGAAAAAGCAACUGCAUUUCUUAGAGAUGUUUAUGGACAUGAGAAAGAAUGGAGAAAUGACCGACAAGGAGAUUUUGGAUUUU